AUGUCUGAGACUCAAGCAUCGGUCGUUCUCCACCCCGUCAGCCCCUUGGGGCCCGAAUCCUCGAUCACUCGUAGCUUCACCCUCUCCAACCGCAGCCCUGCCUUCGAGAUCGGCCGGUCUUCCAAGCGUGAAGUGAAGAAUCGCUCCCCAGCCAAGGAUAAUGGGUGGUUUGACUCUCGGGUGAUGUCUCGUGACCAUGCUGAGUUGGGCUUCAAGAUGGACGCUGAGGUAUCAUCGGAUUUCUUACCUCAUCGCUUCCUCCCUGACCCGAUGGACUAUGCUGAGCGAAACCUUUCACAGAAGAUGAUCUAUAUCCGUGAUUUUGGGUCCACUCAUGGAACCUUCCUCAACAACGUCAGGCUCAUUACUGGCGAGGCCACCCCAUUGCUUAAUGGAGACAUAUUACGGUUCGGCAUUGAUGUCGACCGCGGAGAUGAAGAAUUUCCGGCUUUGAGUGUCCGCUGCGAUGUUACAUGGUCUGAGCCCACCUCUGAGUCUGAGGUCUACCCAUGUGAUCCAUCGGACAUGCUAUACAACGAUACUGCUGAGCCAACACCGACUGCAUCCAAACCAGCAUCUGAGCUUCGCCCAAGCUCUUCUACCAACACAUUUUGUGUUCCAGAUGAUGACGAGAGCGACAUGGGAGAGGUAAAGGUUAAUCAGAUUCUUCCCUUCAAGGUCGGUGAUGGGGAGUUGACGGUCAUCUAUGGCGAAAAGGACGAAGAUGGCUAUCAGCCCCCACACGGACCGGAGCGGUCUUUGAAUUCCGGCCAUCAUUCUGACUGUGAGGAGGCGUACCCCAUCGAUAGCUCACAGGAAGGGUAUUCGGAGUCGAGCGAUGGAGAGGAUUCGCAAUUCGACUCUGACCCUUCCUCCUACAGUCAAAACAGCGAUGAUGAGGUGGAAGCGGGUCACUUUGACUAUUUAGAUCUCCCAUAUCCAGUCAGGGAUAAUGAUGUUUCAGGCUCAGACGAUAACUCGGAUCUCGAAUCUGAUGCCGAUUAUGGUGACGAGUACUCAGUCGGCCAGGAUGAGGAUGAGGAGGAGUGUAUUGACCCCAGCAUUCUGACCCACAAGGACAAUGUGGCGACACCAACCAUCAAAGAUGCUAUUCAGAAUUUCACCGCCGCUGGUAUCGACCCCAAGUCGUACUUCCAGGCCGAGGUUCAAGAGCAAGGUUCAACCUCGGUGCAGGACCAGCCCAUGAUCUUCCCCACCCACUUCCCUCUGACUCCCAUUACUCCGUUGCUGGAUCAUAAGCGUGAGGAAGACGAUGGAUCCCAGCGUCUGGGCCGCUUGAGCAUUCGUGACGUGCUCAACAACUACCAAGAUGGACCUUUUGCUGGCCCCACUAACUCAACUCCGAAGGAUGCUUCUUUGAAAGAGGAAGUAAUGGCCGAAUCUGCCAGCCCGAUUCCACUCAAGCGAAAAGCUUCUGAGAUGGAGUCUCAGGAUGCUCAGAUUCUUGAAUCGAUUGUGCCGCCCUCUGAGAAGUUGGACCUAGACACAAUCUCCCAGUCUCAGGUGGCCGAGGCGAUCAGCUCUGCGCUUUCUGAGAACUCUGAUACCGAGCCUCCUCGGAAACGAGUCAAGGAUACUCACGAUACAUCCAACAAUCUCGCAAGCUACACGGCAACUGCCGUAAUCAGUGCUUUGCUGGGUGGUCUGGGUACCAUUGCUCUUCUGGCUGCGCUCCCAGCAGAAUAUUUCCAGUAA